AUGUCUGAGGAAACCAAUCUUGCCAGUGGUGAAAAGCCUCGCAAAUCAUUGAUUCUCAAUGCAUUUGUCGAGAUGUGCAGCGGGCACCAAUCGCCUGGACUUUGGCGUCACCCAGAAGAUGAGUCGCAUCGAUUCAAUGAUAUCGACCACUGGAUUGAACUUGCUCAAUUAUUAGAGUCAGCCAAGUUCCACGGCAUUUUCAUCGCUGAUGUUCUUGGAGGAUACGAUGUGUAUAAAGGGCCUAGAAACCUGGAUCCUGCAGUUGUAUCAGGAGCUCAAUGGCCGGUUAAUGAGCCAUUGGCGGUUGUUCCAGCUAUGGCGGCAGCGACGAAGAGUAUCGGCUUUGGAGUUACCGUAACGACAACAUAUGAACAGCCUUAUCAUCUGGCUCGCCGACUUUCAACUGUAGACCAUCUCACCAAAGGACGACUGGGGUGGAAUGUUGUGACCGGAUAUCUUGAUUCAGCUGCCCGUAAUAUGGGCCAGGCUGAACAGCCACACCAUGACGACCGAUACGCAGUCGCAGAAGAAUAUAUCAAAGUCACAUACAAACUUUGGGAGUCAUCCUGGCGUCAAGAUGCCGUGGUCUUAGAUCGUGAGCGUGGAGUCUACACAGAGCCAUCGCGUGUGCGUCAGAUCAACCACAACGGGAAGUACUUCAAUGUUCCAGGACCUCACCUCACUCAACCAAGCCCACAACGCACACCAGUUAUUCUUCAAGCGGGUACUUCUAAGGCCGGGAAGACCUUUGCAGCUCAACAUGCCGAGGCCAUUUUCGUAGCUGGUCACAGCCCCUCUGUCGUUGCUAAGAACGUCGCGGAGAUUCGACAGCUCGCGAAGUCUGAAUUUGGACGCGAUCCUCAGAGUAUCAAAUUUCUAGCCUUGCUUUGUCCUGUUAUUGGUCGGACAGAAGAAGAAGCUCUCGAGAAGUUCAAGUAUUAUCGCAGCUUGGGCUCAAUUGAUGGAGCUUUGGCACUCUUUGGAGGGUGGACUGGUAUUGAUCUUGAUAAGUAUGGUGAUGAUGAGGAGUUGCGUCAUGUUGAGAGUAAUGCUAUUCGAUCCGCAGUUGAAGGCUGGUCGAAGGCGACUCCUGAAGUUGCUCAAUGGACCAAGACAACCGUCGGCGAGCAUAUUACUGUCGGUGGACUUGGUGCCACUCCUGUUGGUACACCUACCCAGAUUGCUGAUAGCAUGGAACGUUGGGUUGAGGAAGCUGACGUGGAUGGGUUUAACCUGGCAUAUGCUGUCAAGCCGGGCUCAUUCAAAGACAUCAUUGAUUUGCUGAUCCCUGAACUUCGCCGCCGAGGUUUAUUCUGGGAUGAUUAUGCAGUACCAAAGGGAACUUACCGAGAGAAUUUGUACUUGAAGCCUGGAGAAUCGGGUCCCCCGGCCGAUCACCCGGCAGCCAAGUACAGGUGGCAAGCAGGUGUGGAUGCUGACGCGCAUCCAGUACCGGAUAACUAA